AUGAAUUCAAUCCAAAAGCUUCGGUACCACAUAAAGGACCUCCUUUACAAUCCUACGCACACGGAAUGGCUCUUCCCUGUGCUGUUCAUACUCGACGCCAUGCUCUGCAUGCUGGUUAUCAAGAAUGUGCCUUACACCGAAAUUGACUGGUCGUCUUACAUGCAACAAGUGCGUCAAUACAUUGCGGGCGAACGCGACUAUGAAUUCAUUAAAGGCGAUACCGGACCACUGGUAUACCCUGGCUUGCACGUUUAUGUGUAUCGGGUACUUUUCGAAUUGACUGAUGAAGGGAAGGAUGUGAGGCGGGCACAGUGGAUUUUCAUGGGUGUUUAUUUGGCGGGACUAGGGCUCGCAGGGGAUGUUUAUCGAAGGGCGAAGGUCCCACCAUGGGUGCUUCCCUUGCUUGUACUGUCAAAGAGGCUGCAUAGCAUUUUUUUGCUGCGGAUGUUCAAUGACUGCUUUGCGGUCUUGUUCCUCUUUGCUGCUAUCAAUUUAUACCAGAGACGCCAGUGGACUACUGGUACGCUGCUGUUCUCCUGUGCACUGGGGGUCAAGAUGAGUGUGCUGCUUAUGUUGCCGACGCUCGGGCUUGUCCUACUCAUGGCUAUGGGUCGCGAACGGCUUAUGACACAGCUUAUGCUUAUUGGACAGAUGCAGCUUCUGUUUGGCUACCAGUUCCUCUCCACCGACGCCCGUUCCUAUUUCACACGUGCCUUCGACCUAUCGCGCGUCUUCAUGUACAAAUGGACCGUAAACUGGCGUUUCGUCCCCGAGUCUACCUUUCUCUCGCGCCCCUUCGCCAUUGGUUUACUGGCGGCCCAUCUCACCGUUCUCGCUGUCUUCGCAUUCGUCCGCUGGAUCCGCCCUUCUGGCCGCUCAUUAUUUGACUUCCUCCAAGCGUCCUGGGCAAUGCCAGCCGGUCCGCACGACCAACAGAAGAUCUACCGGCGCCUUAGCCCAGAAUUUAUUGCAACAAGUCUCAUGACUGCGAAUGCGGUAGGUAUGUUAUUCGCGCGGAGCCUGCACUAUCAGUUCUAUUCGUGGACUGCAUGGUGUACGCCAUUGUUGCUAUGGAAAUCGGGAAUGCAUCCUGUGCUAGGAUAUAUGGUUUGGUCGGCACAGGAGUGGGCAUGGAACGUGUAUCCGAGCACGAAUAUGAGUUCGGCGAUAGUGGUGGCCAGUCUCGGAGUUCAAAUUGGUGGUGUGUGGUGGGGAACCAGGAAGGAAUUUGAGGGCGUGGAUGCGUAUGAUACGCCGACAGGGGAAGGGGUGAAAAGGCAGCCGCGAGGUGAGCCAAAGGUUUUAGAUGUUACGCACGAGCAUACAGAGUAG